UCAUGGAUUGAAGAAAAGAACGUUCCCCCCUCUUUCUCUCUCUGCAACCUCAGUAAGGGAGGGAGUUGGAUAUACCUCGCCUAAGAUCUCCCGGGUUGGCACCAUCAUUAUUGUUUAUCUCUGUGCUCCAACAGCCCAGCCUUCUGAUGGCUCCCUUAGGUGAAGUUGGGAACUAUUUCGGUGUGCAGGAUGGCGUACCGUUUGGGAAUGUGCCCGUGUUGCCGGUGGAGAGCCCGGUCUUGCUAAGUGACCACCUGGGUCAGUCCGAAGCAGGGGGGCUUCCGCGGGGACCGGCAGUCACGGACUUGGAUCAUUUAAAGGGGAUUCUCAGGCGGAGGCAGCUCUACUGCAGGACUGGAUUUCACUUGGAAAUCUUCCCCAAUGGUACUAUCCAGGGAACCAGGAAAGACCACAGCCGAUUCGGCAUUCUGGAAUUUAUCAGUAUAGCCGUGGGCCUUGUCAGCAUUCGAGGUGUGGACAGUGGACUCUACCUUGGCAUGAAUGAGAAGGGGGAGCUGUACGGAUCAGAAAAACUAACCCAAGAGUGUGUAUUUAGAGAACAAUUUGAAGAAAACUGGUAUAACACAUACUCUUCAAAUCUCUAUAAACAUGUGGACACUGGAAGACGAUACUAUGUUGCAUUAAAUAAAGAUGGGACCCCAAGAGAAGGAACGAGGACUAAACGCCACCAGAAAUUCACACAUUUUUUACCAAGACCAGUGGACCCCGACAAAGUACCCGAACUAUAUAAGGAUAUUCUCAGCCAAAGUUGACAAAAGACCAUUUCUUCACUUGAGCCCUUAAAAAAGUAACCACUAUAAAGGUUCCGUGCAGUGGGUUCUUAUUGAUUAGCUGUCAUCACAUCCGCUCCACUGUUGCCAAACUUUGUCGCAUGUAUAACGUAGGAUGAAGGCCUGGAUAGGGAGAUGCUAAUUUUGUCUUGCACUUAGGGGCCUGUCUUCUUGGAGACUUGCCUGUGCCCACUUGAUUUAUUGUGAGAAAAGGAGAGGAGACGGGGUUGGGGGGAUGUGAGUGUGGGAGUGGAUGAGCAGCAGGGAAUGCAAGACAGGAGCAAAGUAGAGGAUGGUGGCCUGAUGCAUGCUGGGGAAUAGGCAGACUUUCACAUGUCUGAUCAGCUGUCCUUCAGCCAGUAUCAGCACAGCUGCCGCACUUGGACUCAUCGGGAUCUGCUGGUGGCCUGCACAAGGACACACUGCAUUUCACAGGCAUGGAGGAUGCAGUCUUACUAAAGAGACCUUUUCAGUUAAUUCUCGUUGGCACCAUCCCAGUGAAUUUAAA